ACACAUAUUUCAAUCUACCUCCCAAUCUACCUACAUUCAUUCCUUGCUUCUUCCUUUCCAAUCACGAGAUCCCCAUCUCUUCCUUUUUAUCUUUCUCUCUCUCUCUCUCUCUCUCUCUACUCUUCAUGUCUUCUUCUUCUUCUUCUCCAUCCCUCAAAGUCGCCACCUUUCCAUCUCUCCACUCUCCCAUGCCUUCCUAAUCUCACCUUCCGCCAUUGAUUUCCCUUCCCACCUUCGACCUACAACAUCUUCUUAGAGAUCAGACAAAGAUUUGCCUCCAAAGGUGCCGCCUUUCCUUUUCACUAUGUCGCACUCCCUCUCCAAUCGCUUCCACUCCGAUCUCUGCAUCGAUGGCACCAACGACAAGCCCGACUCCAAGGAUUUCGCCGAUCUCGGUUCGCCUGUCUCCCCGCUACGCAAUCUACGGGCGGCGCCGGCCGCCACGCAGACGAGCAGCAGCUCCAGCUCUUCUGGCUCUGUCUCCGGCAAGCCUCCACCCAAUGUCGCCGCCCGGCGCUCCGACUGUGUCAUCCCUGGUCGUCUCAGCCAUUCUGGUGAGCUCUCCGCGUCCAGCGAGUGCUGCCCCACUGGGCCUAAUUCCCGCCCUGGCCACCGCCGAUCGGGCUCCGGCCAGUUGUUUUACUCUAGUGCUGCUAUGGGAAGCAGCACUGCGAGCUCACCGGUGUCUAACGUGCUCCCCGCUGGCAACAUUUGCCCUUCGGGAAGGAUCGGCAAGUCAGGUAUGAUGAGCCGGAGCUCCACGAGGAGCGACGUGCUUGGCUCGGGGACUGGGAACUACGGCCAUGGGAGCAUAAUUCGUGGCGGGUCCUCCCCGGCCAAGGCCAGCAUGGACGCCGAGGAGCUGACCAAGGCCGGGAACGAGCAUUACAAAAGGGGUCAGUUUUCAGAAGCUCUGAAGCUCUACGACCGCGCGGUCGCCAUGUGCUCGGACAAUGCUUCGUGCCGGAGCAACCGUGCGGCGGCUCUGGCAGCGCUCGGCCGGCUUUGUGAGGCAGUAAAGGAGUGCGAGGAUGCUGUGAGGCUUGAUCAAGGGAAUGCCAAGGCUCAUCAGCGCUUGGCUUCUCUUCAUUUGAGAUUAGGACAGGUUGAAAAUGCCAAGAAGCACCUCUUCUUGUCGUCACGGCAGCCGGAUCCUGUUGAAGUACACAAGAUGGAGCAAGUUGAGAGGUAUUUGGAGAGAUGUGCAGAAUCAAGGAAAAUCGGUGAUUGGAAGAGUGCCUUGAGGGAAAGUGAUGCUGCCAUUGCUGCCGGAGCUGAUUCUUCGCCUUUGAUCAACACGUCGAGAGCUGAAGCUCUUCUCCGGCUCCAUCGCCUAGAAGAAGCGGAUUUGGCUAUUUCUAGUGCAUCUAAACUUGCUAACUCUUCUCCAUCCAGCUCGGCGAACAAGUUCUUUGGCAUGAUAUUGGAUUCCUACAUCUACAUUGUUCAGGCUCAAGUUGAAAUGGCAUUGGGAAGGUUUGAGACUGCAGUUAAAAUGGCGGAGAAAUCCAAGCAGGUUGAUCCGCGAAAUGUUGAGGUGACGGUGAUGCUUAACAAUGUUAAAUCAGUAGCUAGAGCUCGAACACAAGGGAAUGAGUUCUUCAAUUCGGGGAAAUUUGCAGAAGCCUGUAUAGCUUAUGGGGAAGGACUUCGGUGUGAUCCAUCAAACCCGGUUCUGUACUGUAAUAGAGCGGCUUGUAGGUCGAAACUCGGGCAGUGGGAAAAAUCCAUUGAGGACUGUAAUGAAGCGCUCAAAAUCCAAGCGAAUUACACAAAGGCCUUGCUUAGACGUGCUGCUUCAUACGGCAAGCUUGAGCGAUGGGCUGAUUCCGUGCGAGAUUAUGAGGUGUUGAGCAAGGAACUGCCUGGUGACAAGGAGGUGGCUGAAGCAUUGUUCCAUGCUCGCAUCUCACUAAAAGCAUCUCGUGGUGAGGAAAUAUCUAACUUGAAGUUUGGCGGUGAAGUUGAGGAAAUCACCAGUGUGGAGCAAUUUCAAGCAGCUAUAUCUUUACCUGGUGUUUCGGUGGUUCACUUUGUGACAACAUCAAACCUGCAAUGCAAUAAGAUCACACCAUUUGUAGAUGAUCUUUGCACCAGAUAUCCAUCAGUGAACUUUCUCAAGGUGGAUAUCAAUGAAAGCGUGGCUGUGGCUAAAGCGGAGAACGUGAGGAUAGUCCCGACGGUCAAAAUCUAUAAGAACAGAGUACGGGUGAAGGAGAUGAUCUGCCCGAGCCAUCAAGUGUUAGAAUGCUCGGUGAGACACUAUGUUCUUUAGCACCGGAAGCAGUUGGUUACAUGAUUUUUGAUUGCAUCUUCAACAUUGAAUUCACACAAACAUCUUCAGCUCCUCCUGAUCAGAACCAGCUAAACAAUAACAACUACAACUCAUUGGAGCUCAGUUUUCCCAUUUCCUUGUCAACUACUUUUAUUUAUUCUUUCCAUUUUCAGCAAUCCAGUGUUAGCCUAGUUCGAGAGAGAGAGAGAGAGAGAGAGAGAGAGAGAUGGCUCAGAAGGAAAUUACAUGUGCAUAUGAUUAUUAUAUAUGAUAUAUGAGGAAGAAUGGAAGCCAUUUUGGGGGAUUGAUGGAAA